CUUCAUCCCCGGAUUUUGUAUCUCUCACUCUGGACUUAUCCACGGCUAUUGUUUGACCCGCAACGAGAUUGCUCCCAGACAGCCAGAAACAGCAACCGAGGCGUGCAUCGGACUGUUGAUCCCCACUCUCACCUGGCGCAGCAUGCCGGAGUAUCCCCGAUCUGCCCGAGUGUGAUAACCAUGAAGCGCUCUGCCUGUGACGCCGACCUGGACACCCCUCGGCCCCAUGAACGCCGCCCUUCCUUCGCCCCCGAUGGACGGCCUCCCCCGCCCAAGAUCUCCAAAGCCCGCGCCUGUGCGGAAUGCAAACGCCAUAAGAUACGCUGCGAGUUCAAGGCCGGGGAAACAAACUGCACCAAGUGCAUCCGGAGUGGGAUUAAAUGCGUGAUCAAUGACUUCUCGCAAAAGUUUGUCGACGAUGAUGUUAUGUGGAAAUCACAGGCAUCCACCACCAUCCAACAGCUGCAGGCAGCAGUCACGCAGCUCUUGCAUCAGGGAGGGCUACCAGACCUUUCUACAUAUUCCAGUGGAGAAGGACUCAGUCCUGUCGGGUCUCAGGAGCGCCGUCUUUCGUCCGAAUCACCCCCUAACAUCAAGCCAAACCCGCCGAGCCUGAUCAUGGAUGUAACGCGAGAACCGUCCCCGGAGCCCGAUCUACAAGACCGCGAGCUCGUGCCAGCGCCGAUGCGCAGUCUCUAUGAGGUCACGAAACUUCGUAACCUGCGUAAUAACGCCAUAGAACAGCCCAAGGUAACGCUUUUGGAGGAGGAUUUCAUAUCUCGGGGGUUGAUUUCGCUGCAAGAGGCUGAAGAUCUCUUCGCCUACUUCAGCAGGACGAUGAACCAGCUUCUCUGGGGAGGGAUCAUCCUGGUGCAUCGCAAUCUCACGUCCGUCCGGCGAGCAUCAACACUGUUGUCGGCAGCCGUUCUGACGGUCGCUGCACUGCAUAUACCCAAUCGUACGGCGACGUUGAACCUGUGCUACGGCGAAUACGUGUCGCUCGUGUCGAGCAUGUCCUUGACACGCGCGCACACUCUGGAUGACAUCCGUGCUCUGUGCGUGGGAGCCUUCUGGCUGUCCGAACUGAGUUGGAAACUGUCUGGCCAUGCGGUUCGCAUCGCCACGGAACUCGGGCUCCAUCAAAGCUACCAGAAGAUGAUGCGCGGCCACAACGACCAAUACGAGCGUGCUCAGCUCUGGUACCUACUCUAUGUUUGCGAUCAUCAUUUCAGCAUCGCGUACGGUCGUCCGCCAGUCAUCCACGAAGACGCAGCGAUCCGAAACUGCGAGGCGUUUCUGCGGUCGCCCAUGGUCGUGCCCGGCGACAUCCGACUCCUGGCGCAGGUAGCGCUAUUCAUGAUCCUGACUGAAGCAUAUCGGACGUUCGGGAGUGACACCGAACAAGCCCUCACAGAAGGGGACUUUGGCCAGCUACGCGUCUACAAUGUAGCCCUAGACCAAUGGCGACUUCUAUGGCAGCCCCGAUCAGCCGACAGCGCCUACGUCCGCACCUAUCCCUCCAAAGGCGUGGUCCUACACUACCACUUCGCCAAAUUCCAACUCAACUCCCUAUCGCUCCGCGCGCUCUCCCCCACCAACACGCCGGUCUUCUCCAUCGACCGCAAAGAAUCCGCCAACAUCGCCAUUUCCUCCGCCAUGGCCUGCUUGAACAUGGUUCUCGAGGAGCCCGACAUCCGCGACGCCAUCGUCGGCGUCCCCAUCUUCACACACACCAUGGUCACCUUCUCCGCCGUCUUCCUCCUCAAAGCCGCCGUCAACUGGAACUCCGCCUACCUCAGCCUGGACGGCCGCCAGGUCCGCCGGCUCGUCGAGCGCGUCAUCGAGCUGCUGAACUGCGUCUCCGCCGGCGAGAGACAUCUCACUAGACAUAUUGCCCGCGGGCUGGGCAAGAUGCUCGAGCGGUUCGAUUCAUGGGAUACCUGGCAGGCGGGUGGGCCCGCUGUCAAUGGACAUGGUGGUGGACAUGGAAGGCCCGGCGAGGUCAGUCGGUCCGGGAGUGAGGUCCCCGGUGGCGCGAAUGCCAUGGCGCAGGGCUUUCCACCCCCCGAUCUGAUUUACGAUAUGGUGGGCACGUAUGGGUUUGGGUUGGAUGAGAAUUUCCUGGAUCCGAGUAUGGCUAGUUUUGAGUUCUUGGCUCAAUGAUAGGUCGGUCUCGUG